AUGGAUUUAGGUAGAAAUCGUUAUUAUCAACAAAUUCCCUCAAUAAUUGGAAUUGCUGAACUUGAACAAAUAAAUAAAAGACAAAAAGAGGAGGAGGAGGAGAAUAAUAUUAAUUAUUAUUUUAAUCCAUUAUUUAAUCCAAAUCAAAGUCAAAAACCUUUAAUUACUCAUUUUCAAAGACAAUUAAGUAAAAAUUCACAACAAAAUGGGAAUUUUUGGGGACAAGAAGAGGAUGGACAGGAAGGGCAAACACGUAGUUUAUUAUUUGAAUUGGCUAAUGAUACGGGGAAAUUGGCAAAGCUUUUCCCUAAAAUUGGUCCUAAAAGUAGUAAGUUUAAUUAA